AUGAAACGCAAGGUACGGGCUGCGCAGCUGUCGACGCUAACGCAGCAGAUUUUAUUGAUGGGCAAGUCCGGUACGGGCAAGACCUCUAUGCGGUCUUUUAUAUUCUCGUCGUAUCGUUCGGAAGACACCAAACGACUGGGCAGUACAAUUGAAGUCGAACACUCGCAUGUACGCUUUCCUGGCAACCUUGUUUUAAAUCUAUGGGAUUGCGGUGGUCAGAAAUCGUAUAUGGAUAGUUAUAUGAACGCUCAACGCAACCAGGUGUUCAGUGCCGUGGGUGCACUUAUCUACGUCGUGGAUGUGGUGAGCACGGAAGAUGAGAAUGAUGACACACAUGAAUGGGAAUCGGAUCUACGCUAUUUCAGGGAUUGUGUCUCUGCCCUUAACACUCACUCGCCUGAUGCGGAGGUAUUCUGUUUGCUGCAUAAGAUGGAUUUGAUUGAGCCGUCACGUCGUAAAGAGCUGUACAUGAGCCGCGUGCAGGACUUGCGCAAAAAAAUCCGGGAGGUACUGAAGGAACAUGCUUCGUCGCCCAAUGCUCGUGAUAGCAUGCAUCUACACUGCUAUGCUACCAGUAUUUGGGACGCUACACUAUACAAGGCAUGGUCCAACAUUGUGCAUACGAUUGUGCCUGAAGUCCAGCGCUUUGAGACGCACCUUGCGAGCUUGGCCGAUAUGUGCUCUGCGACAGAGAUUGUCCUUUUUGAAAAGGCAACGUUUCUCAUGAUGUCUCGUUUUUCACGGCUCCAACGGGAAACCCAGAAUGAAGACAUGGACAAUCAUGAUACCUAUACUGUCAAGAUGCAGGACAAAAACGAUACUGAAAAGGUUCUAUUAGCGGGCCUCACAGGCUCUUUGGUCACCGAUUCCUCACCUGCUACUAAGAAGGGUGUUACUUUGAGUGAUGAUCGAUUCGAACGUAUCAGUGAACUCGUAAAGCAUUUCAAGAUUUCAUGCUUGGAAUCACAAUACCAGGUGCAGGCAUUGGAGCUACGUACUUCGACCUUUAUGGCCUACAUGGAUGCCUUGACGUCAAGUACCUACAUACUUGUAAUUGUGUCUGAUCCACGAAUCCAGAUGAGCGCUGUUAAAAGCAACGUGGAAUUGUGUCGCCAACAGCUGGACCGCACACCCCCGAGUCCGCAGCCAUAG